AUGCCAGGCGAACCAGCAAAGCGCACAAGGCGCGAAGAAUACAGGAAAUCCCUCCAAACAGAUGAGCAACAAGGCGCACUACCCAAGAAGAAGUUUUAUAGACAACGCGCCCAUGCAAAUCCCUUCUCAGAUCACUCUCUCACAUACCCUACGAGCCCCGCAGACAUGGACUGGGCCAGUCUGUACCCCAAGUACGCCAAACAUGCAAAGAAAGAGAUGGGAGAGGCGCAGAAUGAGUCACAUGAUGUUAGCAUUGAAGAGCAGCAGAAGCUUAAUGCAAUUACGCAAAAUGUCGAAAUCGCAGACAUUGGAUGUGGAUUUGGUGGUCUACUCUUCGCCCUUGCACCCAAAUUCCCGGAUACAUUGAUACUAGGCAUGGAAAUUCGCACCUCGGUAACAGAAUACGUGCAAGAAAAAGUACGCGCCCUCCGCGUGCAAAACGCAUCAACAAAUGCCUACCAAAACGCAUCCUGCAUCCGCGCCAACACGAUGAAAUUCCUCCCCAAUUUCUUCCAAAAACACCAACUCGGUAAAAUCUUCCUCUGUUUUCCCGACCCACAUUUCAAGCAGCGCAAACACAAGGCGCGCAUCGUCUCGUGGACGCUCAACGCAGAAUACGCCUAUGUGCUGCGUCCCGGGGGUAUCGUUUAUACGAUUACCGAUGUCGAGGAUCUGCAUGUGUGGAUGAGGGGCCAUUUUGAAAAACAUCCGAGCUUUGAGCGUGUAGAAAGGGUGUUUGAGGAGGGGGAGACGGUGGAUGGGGUCGAGGGCGUGGGUAUGGAUGAGUGUGUCAAGGCGAUGAGGGUGGAGACUGAGGAGGGGAAGAAGGUGGAGAGGAAUAAGGGGUUGAAGUUUGUGGCGUGCUUUAGGAGGGUGGAGGAUCCGGCUUGGCCGGAGAGUGGUGGGCCUUGA